AACAUGUCAAGCCCUCGCCAUUCACCACCGCCAUCAGCUGCAGCGCCAAAACCUCGUGGUAUCCUGAAAAAUGCCAGCAAUGGAAUCGCACAUUCGGAUGGGAAUGAAGUUGAAUCACCUCCGCUAAUCAACGCUCAAACUCAGAACAUCGAAAAUGCUAACCAUCUAGCGUGGGAUGAAAGCAAUUUAACCUUACAUGAAAUUCAACGGGAACAACAAGACCCUCGUAUGAAGAUCGAUGAGCCAAAAACUCCAUUCGUUCGUAGUGCCAGCUUGGGGCCAAUGGAUGACGACACAAACUUUGACCUCGAUAACAACCAACAGGCCGCAAGCAACUACUUUCCUACCAACAAUACUGCCGAACCUUCUUCAUCUUCUCUACCGCACAACCCCGUCCGUCGGUCAUCAGCAGCUGAAGUUUUGGCAGCCAAUACCAAAGCUAACGCAGGCAACACUGUCGGCAGACAAUCGAAUCCGUCCGCUGCCGUUGGAUUAGACAGUGCGGAUAUGCUCAAAAGUCGUGAUAGCACGCCUGCUUCUUCAAGAAGAGGAACGGAUAGCCGUAGUCCGAGUUUCACUUUGCCAAACAGUAGAAGAAGUUCUGCUGCUGGCGAACGUUCCCGUGAAGGUGUUCGACAGGAAAUGCGUGACCGUAAUCCUGAUGCGAUGGAUGUAGAAGACGGUGCAUUUGAAGAAGAGGAGGACAAAAGUGAAGAAGCAAAAGCUAAACAGGAUGCUUUUGCACGCAAGCGGAAUGCUCAUUAUGGUAACGAAGCUGAAGCCAUGAAGAUUGCAGCAGCUUUGGCGGCCAAAGAUGAUGAUCUAGAUGCAGAUGAUGACGAUGAAGACGGUCACUCUUCACAACCUCCCAUGCCAAACGGUCGCACAUGAUCUGUUCCGCUUCUUUCAGUCUGUAUCAAUGCUAUUGUAAUAAAAUGUACACGAUUGAAGGUUACCAUUC